GCCGUCCCGCUGUCCGAGGACCACAAGCCGAACCUUCCUGGUGAGAGGGAUCGCAUCCGGAGGGCGGGCGGCUCCGUUGCCCGCUCGCAGUUCGGCUCCACCGUGCAGCACCGGGUCAACGGCAACCUCAACCUGUCUCGCUCCAUUGGCGAUCUCGAGUACAAGAAAAAUCCGAACCUGCAGCCGCACGAGCAG